AUGUCCGCUGCCUUGAAUUUCACCAAUACCUCACUUCUCGAGAUUGAGUCUCGCGCCGCUCCAGAUGAACUCUUGACUUUUCCUCACCUCGGACCACCACAAAGAUUCGGAGCAUCGGGAGAGCACGGCGAUGGUAGUUGCGUAUCGUCCUUGGAUAACGCUGCUAAAUCACCCACAAUGGACGAACCUUUCGUCAAGGAGAGUCAUGUCCUGGGUCCUGGUCAUGCGAAGUCGAACGCGGCGAUCACGAACAUUGUAGUAGCUCCCUCCAUCGUGCAUCCGAAGACCGAGUACCCCCCUCCCAAACCAUCGAAACCUGACACAAGAAAUGCUAUUAUGGUGGGACCCCUUCCAGAAUCUCAAAAUAUGCGACGUUUCCGGAUGUGUGCAUCCUUUGUCACGCUCUUCCUCGCCGGGUGGAAUGGUGGUGCAACUGGAGCUCUUAUACCCUACAUUGAGGAAGCCUUCAACAUCAGCUAUGCUCGCGUCGCAAUUCUUUUCGUCUCCACCUUCUUUGGAUACGCCGCCGCCGCCGUCGCCUCUGGAGCAUUAGCUCGCAAGGUAGGCUUCGGGAGAGCUUUACUUCUGGCGGUCACUGUGGAGCUCAUCGGAAACGUCAUAAACUCAUCCCAGCAAGUCAGCUUCAGCCUGAUGUGUUUUGGUUUUUGGGUCGUGGGGGUCGCUUACGCUACACAGCUUGGAUUAUGCAACGCUUAUUUCGCGAUUCUUCGACGGCCAUUGUUGUAUACUGGUAUACUCCAUGGCAUCUACGGCCUUGGCGCGUUCGGAAGUCCUCUAAUCGCAACUGCGAUGGUCACGCGUGGCUACCCAUAUCAUCUAUUCUAUCUGACCAAUAUAGGGAUGAACAUCCCCGUCUUUAUUCUCAUUUGGCUCGCCUUUCGUGGACUUCAAGUCCUACCCUCACAUCCCGACGAGCCCCAGGCAGCUAAUGCAAGUGAUCGGCGCCAUUUACGCGAGACAUUGUCUAGUAAAGCGGUCUGGACUCUUGCAAUAUUUCUGAUGCUAUAUGUAGGAGCUGAGGAGACCAUUGGGGGAUGGAUCGUUUCCUAUGUCCUAACGGUCCGCAGGGGUAGCCCCGAGGGCGCAUCCUGGGUUGCCUCCUGCUUUUACCUCGGCAUAGCAAUUGGGCGUAUCGCCCUCCCAGCAUUAAACACUUUCAUGGGAGAGAGACGCGCUAUCUUCAUCUACUUGACUGUGGCGAUUGCUCUUGAAGUGGUAGCAUGGCUCGUUCCUGCCAUUGCCUCCACCGCUACUGCCACCGCACUCGUCGGUCUUGCGAUAUCAACCUUUUAUACAGCCGCCAUCACCACAGGUGGAAAAUUGAUUCCUCGCCAUCUCCACGCCGAUGCCUUUGCCCUCAUCUCUUCGAUCGGCCAACUAGGCAGCGCGUUCUUCCCGUUGUUGGUUGGCGUCUUGAGCUCGCAGAAAAGUAUAGGAAUAUGGAUCUUGGAGCCGACUGUGUUGGCGUUGCUGGUAGCGCAGGGGAUUUGUUGGUGGUUUGUGCCAAGAGUGGAGAAGAAGGUUGAGUGA